CAAAAUUGAUGAGGAAGCAAAUCACAGUGGAUUCAUUUGAUCAAGUUCUUACUUCUACCAUUAGAAGGUGAGCUUCGCUGCAUCUAAUUAUACAAAUUCCCCGAUCGAAGUAUGGAGAUACUGUCGCCGCCGCGCUGCCAGGGAAUUUCAUAUCAUCAAACAUUGAGUUUUUCAGAAAUAGAUAAGUCUCUUUCGUUCUGUACAAGGCGGAGAAAACGAAUAGUAGUAGAAGUAGUUCAAUGUUUUAGGAUUGGAUGUUCGUUGGGUCAUCAGGGUUUAAAACCACGACCUUUACCAUUACCUCCAUUACCCAGAUCUUCAACAAUCGACAUUGAUGAACAGGUGAACAAAUCUGAAUCUGUCCCAAAUGAAACUCAGUCAUGGAAAUCAGGUCCAGCGGUAUGUGCGCAAAUAGAGAAAUCAGUUCUUCACAAAAGGUAUCUCGAAGCACUUGAAUUGUUUGAAUUACUUGAAUGUGAUGAUUAUUAUGAUGUUGAGAGCAGUACUUAUGAUGCAAUGGUAAGUGCUUGCAUUGAGACGAGAUCAAUCAGGGGGGUGAAAAGGGUUUAUAAUCAUAUGAAUGUUUGUGGUUACGAUCCAGAUCAGUAUAUGAGUAAUAGGGUAUUACUUAUGCAUGUGAAAUGUGGGAUGAUGAUUGAUGCACGGAAACUGUUCGAUGAAAUGCCUGUGAGGAAUUUAGUUUCAUGGAACACAAUUAUAGGAGGGUUAGUGGAUUCAGGAAACUACAUGGAAGCAUUUCAUUUGUUCCUAACUAUGUGGAAUGAUUUUUCUGAAGCUGGUGCUCGUACUUUCGCCACUAUGAUCAAAGCGUCUGCUGGAAUAGGAAUCAUUUUCGUCGGAAAACAAUUCCACGCGUGUUCUUUGAAAUCGGGCUUCGGAAAUGAUAUAUUUAUAUCAUGUUCUUUGAUCGACAUGUAUGGGAAGACCGGAAGUAUAGAAGAUGCUCGAUGUGUCUUCAACGAGAUGCAAGAGAAGACGACGGUCAGUUGGAAUUCGAUCAUCGCGGGAUAUGCUCUUCACGGCUAUAGCGAAGAGGCUUUGGAAAUGUACUACGAAAUGAAGGAUUCCGGCGCUAAAAUGGACCAUUUCACGUUCUCGAUAAUUAUAAGAGUUUGCACUAGGUUAGCCUCGUUAGAACACGCAAGACAAGCCCAUGCGGGUCUCGUUCGACAUGGUUUCAGUCUAGACACGGUCGCGAGCACAACUCUCGUGGAUUUCUAUAGCAAAUGGGGAAGAAUCGAAGACGCUAGAAACGUGUUUGAGAAAAUGCCAAGAAAGAACGUUAUAUCGUGGAACGCAUUAAUCGCAGGUUAUGGUAACCACGGUCGUGGAAUCGAAGCAGUCGACCUUUUUAGACGAAUGGUUCGCGAAGGAAACCAACCGAACCACGUGACUUUCCUUGCAGUUUUAUCGGCUUGUAGCUACUCAGGGUUAUCGAAGCUGGGAUGGGAGAUCUUCGAAUCGAUGUCAGAAACCCACAGAGUCAAGCCUCGCCCGAUGCACUACGCGUGUAUGAUCGAGCUCUUAGGUCGGGAAGGGUUUCUCGAGGAAGCUUUCGAUUUCAUAUCGGAAGCCCCGUUUAACCCAACUGUGAACAUGUGGGCGGCUUUGUUAACUGCUUGUAGAGUAAAGAAAGAUUUGGUUCUUGGGAAAAUAGCAGCCGAGAGGAUAUAUGGAAUGGAGCCCGAGAAGCUUGGAAACUACGUAGUGCUCUUGAACAUAUACAAUAGUCUCGGUUUGCUAAGGGAAGCUGCGGAUGUAGUCAAGACAUUGAAACGAAAGGGUAUCGAGAUGCAUCGUGCAAGUACCUGGAUUGAAGUGAAGAAAGAGCAACAUGUUUUUCAUUCAGGAGACAAGUCUCAUUAUCAGACGAAAGAGAUAUACAAGAAAGUUGAAGAGUUGGUUUCGAUGAUCACGAGAAAACACGGUUAUGUUGCGGAGAAUACGUUCUUGCUUCCGGAUGUUGACGAGAAAGAGGAGAAAAUGGUGUUCUAUCAUAGCGAGAAAUUAGCUAUUGGUUUUGGGUUGAUAAACACGGGUAAGACAACCGCAUUACAGUUGGUGCAAAGUCAUCGGAUUUGCGUGGAUUGUCAUAGCGCGGUUAAGUUGAUAAGUGAUGUUGUUGAAAGGGAGAUUGUUGUUCGAGAUGCUAGUAGAUUUCAUCGGUUUAAGAAUGGUUUUUGUUCUUGUGGAGAUUAUUGGUGAACCAGAAAGAAAAAGGAGAAUUGGUUGCCAUUUGAAUUGCUUUUAUGUUAUUGGUUUGUUUGUUAGAUGCUUAAUUAGAACUUGGUAAAGAAAUAUGAUAGAGACCAUUUUAGAAAAUUUUGAGUUGUA